AUGUCCUCCGGCAAGAAGGCUUACCCCCCCCUCAUCCGGGGCAGGAAAUACAAAUUCCAAGGACCCCCCGAUGGCAGAUACUAUGUCGGCUGCUUGCAGACUGUUCUUGAAACCGUGGACGGUUAUUCUCAUUGCACCGAGACAGACGAACCUGUGUCCUGGAGCAGCCCCCCAGAGGACGGACGCAUCGUCAACCGACUCCGCCAUGGUACUAGGCCCGCAUUCGCUCAGAAUCCGUCUGCGUCCGCGUUUCCUUUUGCAGGCGCUCAUCCUCCGAACAACCCAGCUGGUCAAGCUGUCCCUGCCGGUCAGCGUGGCGUAUAUGCUGCAUUGCCGCCACCGGCUGCAGGAGGAAGAGGUGUCCCAGGAAAUGGCUCUGGCCAGUACGCUGGCACGCCCUACCCAGCUGACGGUCGUGGCAUCCAUGCUCCGGCCCGAGCGCCGUACGCUGGCGCUCCCCCGGGCCAAGCUGCGCCGUACAAUGCAGCACAUGGAUACAUGGGGAACCCGGCUUACAGCCAAGGCAACGCUGCCAUGCUGCCGCCUGGCUAUGUGGCGCCCAACUACGGGACUGGCAACACUGCUGCGCCCGGCUAUGGGCUCAACUACUAUGGCGCCCCCGGCGCUGGACCGUCUAAUACGCAGAGCCAUGACAAUGGAGGCUAUGGUGCACCCGGUAAUGGGGGUGCACCCGGCGGUACUUCGUCGUCGAGCGGCCAGAACUAG